AUGUGGUGCCUGUACCGUCGCUGCGGAAUUGGCCCAGAUGCGCGUGCGGUAGCGACCCAGAGCCCGGUUCGACUCUUGCGGGGCCGGCCUCCUGUGCUCCUCGGAAGAAAGGUCAGGCGAGAACUGCAAGAGGUCGAUGUUCAGAAAGAUCCUAACAAGGCUGCCGUGCCUGCGGGUCCUGGCGGCCUCGUCAGUUUCAGAAAACUUUGCGAAACAGCUUCGCAGUCUGGUGCCCACGACCCGAAGGCGCUCUCGCUGCUUCGACAGGCGGGAAGACUGGCGCGCACACCUGCAGAGUCCGCACUGGUGGUGAAUCACUUUGCGGCCGUGUCGCGGGACGAGCCUUUCAUCCGGUUCAUGGCCGGGAAGCUGAUUUCCUGCAGCCUUGCUGGCCAGAGCAGGCACGUUUGUUUGGCAGCUAGCGCUCUGGCACGUGCAGAGGUUUGGGUGCCAGGGUUUGGCUCCUUGGUGGAUCAAAUUUUCGGCCACACUCAUCCAGAGAUCUCCUUCAGAUGCCUCACAGCCAUCGACGUUGCACAGAUCUGCCGCUUUGCUGCUGUUUUUCGCAAGCCCUUGCAAGCCAUGGGUUUGUCGCAGGAACGAGUCUUGGACGCAGUUCACACGCGCCUGCAAGGUCUGGAGGACUCCGGGGAGCGAGUGGAAGCCACUGGACUCAUCUCCUUGCUGAGAUCAGUGGCCCUAGUCUCGGACAGCAUGGCUACAGCCCCAAAUCCUUCAAAGCCAUUCGCGCUCUGGCUCCGCACCAGACUGGUGAAGGAGCUGCCCCUCUGCUCCCCACGGCAACUUGCAAGUGCCUUGUUGGAUCUGGGAGCACUCAAGCUGCUGGAUGACAGCUCCCUCCUGCAGAUACAGAGAGAGGUGACCCGAAACUGGAGGUCCAACAACAUGCGGCCUCGUGAUCUUGCAUCCAUCAUCUCGGCAUACUCAAAGCUUGAAGGUGUCCCCGCGCGUCAAGCUGCGAUAGAGCCGCUCCUGCCUCAGAUGCUCGAGAUGAUGUCCACACUCUCCGGUGCCAGCCUUUGCGAGCUUCUGCACGGAUUCGCCUCUGCUAACAUCUAUGACCGGGUGCUCUUAGACGAGUGGUCCGACCACUUUGCUGCGAAGGUGCUGGGCUCUCCAGAGGGGCCUGCUCGCUAUGCCCUGAGCCCGGCCGAACUGUCGCUUGCAGUGGCUGACUUGGCCAAGCUGCGCUAUGUGAAGAAGGACACCCGACGCAGUUUCUCUGCCCUCCUGGAACAGGUCGUGGAUGUUGCUCCGUCUCUUGGUGGCCUGGCUGUUUGUCACGUCGUGUGCGCGUUGGCGCGGGUCUCUCCUGCCACCACCCCCACCACCCCCACCACAUUCACCACCCUCGCCACGCCCUCGGCUUUGGUGGACAGCUCCGCGGCGGAGUUCAGGUCUGCUCUUCUAAACAGGCUCGAGGCCCAGAUCCUCGUCAAGGUGGAGGAGUUGCGCCCGCAGGGCUUGAGCGCCAGCGCGGCGGCCUUUGUCAAGCUGCGGCACUUCAGUGAGGGGCUCUUGAGCGGCCUCACCGCCGCGGCGGCCACCCGCUUUGCCAGCUUUUCGGCGGAGGACUUCUCCAUGUUCUCAUCUGCCAUUGGGACUGCGCAGCAGAGCUUGGCGCAAGGCUGGUGUGAGAAUCACUUGGAGUUGCUGGGUGAGCAUGCAGCUUCCGCGCUCCAGCAAGGGUCAAGUGCUUGGACGCCAAGGCAAGUUUCGCAGGUGUUGCACCCCUUUGUCGCCCAGAAGCGCCCUCCACAAGACUUGAUCCAUGCUGCCGUAUCACACCUCAGGAAAACAUCCACGAACUACUCGCCACGCGAUCUGGCAAAGCUGUUGAGCAACCUGCACGGCUGUGGAGUUCUCCACCGCGACGCCGCAGUGGCUGCAGAUAUUUUGCAGUCAUCCGAAAGGCGCCUGCGACAUCGAGGGCCUGAGAUAGUGGCCGUCGCAAACUCCUUGGCGCAGCUGCGUCAAGUUAUCCCUGUGUCACAACUCAGGUAUCGCUUUCGCAGGCUGAGUAUCAGCGUCCAGUUGGCCUUGGCCCGAAACUUGCUGUCACUCCAAGACCAGGCCGACGUGUUGCGAAUCUGGGCCUUGGUGGGGCUCAGGGACUGGCGCCUCCUGGCCGCGCUGGCCACGAACGCCUCCCAGGCCAUGGAGGCCGCCGCCACCAAGCUGUUGACGGGGCUUGGGCAGUUGCCUUUCCCCGCUGAGGACCUGCCUCAAGCAGUCUACGCAUAUGUGAAGCUGGGAGCACCGGACUCGGUGCAGCCCAAGUAUCGGGAUUCCAUUCUAGAGUUCCUCGUCCGGGCCAUGAAGGCACUUCUGCAGGUCGAUGCUGUGCCGAGACUUGGGGAGCGGGCUCUGCGCCAGCUGCUGCUGGGCAUCGCCUUCUGGGGGCCACCAAAGCGCACGUCGCCGCCUUUGGAAUCCGACGCAGAUUCGCAGGCUGGAGAGCUCCGGCAGGCUCUGCUAAAGCAGAGCCUGGACUCCUGGCUUCAGCUGGAGAGCUGCAACCUGACCGGAGAGACAGCCCGCAUGGUUGUGGCCUCUGCCUCAAUGGAGUUUGGGGUCCAAGCCGCUGAACUCACGGCCGCGGCUGCAACACGCUUCCGGCAAGUUCAGAGGCCACAACAUGCAGUCGCCAUCCUGAGCCAGUCCAUGAACGAUCUUCAGUCCUAUGAGCGCAGUGUCUUUAAGGCGCUGGAGAAACUGCUGGCCGCCCGCUGCAAGGCGCCUGGGCCGCCAGCCGUCGUGGGGCAGUUUAUGGCCCCGUGCUGCGACGUGCGGCUGGCCGUGCCUGCCUGGGAGGUGGCAGUGGAAGUUGGCUUGAAGAACCACCUCUUCGAGGGUCCCCGUGAAGCCUGGGCAGAGGGGUCCGAAGGCUGGGGUCGGAACCCUGAGAGCGAACUAGAUCAUGGACCCAUCCCUGGCGACUUCAUAGGUGAUGAGAUGCUCGAGGAUGAGCAAAGCUGGUUCAACGUCGACGGAGGCGAAGGUCUGGAUGCCUCACCGGGUAUUCCGUGGCAGCAGCUUCCAGCUCUUCGCAUAAGGCUUUUGCGUGCUUCCGGUUGGAAGGUCAUCGAGAUUCCCUACUACGACUGGCGAAAGCUCGGGAAACUGGAGCAGCAGAAAUUCCUCGGCCAGCUGCUGAAGCCGUAUCUGUCUGCGCCCAUGCAAAGAAUCGAGUAG